AUGGAUUGGGCCACAGUCGAUACAAAUAGACGUACCGAUGUUCCAGGUUUUAUUGAUAUUGUUGGAACUCCUAUUACAGAUCCAGCAAAAGAUCAUACAUACAAUAUGAAGCUUCUACUGGGGGUGUCGUUGAUGACAAGAAAUCCUACGGGCGUGGUGAUUGGAGCAUUUGGAGGGUAUCGUGAGCUUUUUAAUUAUACUGGGAUAUUAGUUGAAGUUAAUACACCUUCCGGAAUUAACAUUACGUCCAUCUUCGCCAUGGAGUCAAGUUCAGGUGAUCCGUUAGUCGUUACAGAUUUCAAUACUCAAAAGGGUGGGAAAGCUGGAAUCUGGAAAGAGCAUGCAAAUGGUGAUAUACCGACAUCGGGAAGAACUCCACUUUCAACAUUGGACGAAGUUGUGUUGAAUUUCGCUGUUUCACCCGCUGGUAAAAUUAUUUGGUCAAAUUAUUUCGACCCGUACAAAUAUGUCCCUAUGGGUGCUGGUGGUCGAGAUCUAGGAUCCAGUGGGGGUGCUCUGUUGGUCUCUACAGUGUUCGACGGCACUGGUGUUUCACGCAUCGCAAUUGUCAUUGGGAAAAUGGGAAAGUAA